CUCCUCAUCUUCUUAUCUUUCCUUCUCUUCAUUAGCCUUACAAUCCCCAUGACUCGUCCUCAGGUCACAUCUACGGUUGCUCCUUUUAAGAGGGUUCUCCUUGAACCUUCGGUUUCAGCUUCAGUAACAAUGGAUCUACAUCCAAACGCUCGCACACGACACAGCCGCACUUCUAGAAGGAGAGAGUUUGGAAAUGAUGCUCAUGAGGUUCCUAGUGGUCCAAACCCUAUUUCCAACUAGGUGAGUUGGCACAUCUGGUUUUACCGGUGAGUUUGAAGGAUAAGUUAUUAUAGAUCAAUAUUAUAUGUAUAUUGGGGA